GAUGUGGAUUCGAGAGGACAAGGAAGGCGUCAACGGGGGGGAGGUGGAGUCCCUGCCUCUCCGGGAAACACCAUUUAAAUGCUCCACGCCAACCUUCUUUGCGCACACUCCAUGCACAGAGAAGCAGCAGCAUCAUCAUCAUCGUCGUCGUCGUCGUCGUCACUCCCACUGACAAAACAGCUCCCUUUUUACUUUCCGUUGACAAGCCGAACUUUUACCCAGCACAGCGUAAAGCCAUGUGUGGGAUUUUUGCUUACCUAAACCAUCAAGUGCCUCGGACCAGGAAGGAGAUAUUUGAGACACUAGUGAAGGGACUGCAGAGACUUGAGUACAGAGGCUACGAUUCAGCAGGCAUUGCUGUGGAUGGAAAAAACAAGGAACGCUCUGACAUCAAUGGCAAAACCAUCUGUUUAAUCAAGAAGAGAGGAAAGGUCAAGGCUUUGGAAGAAGAGCUUCAUAAGAAAGACUUUCUGGACCUGGAAGAGGAACUGUGUACGCACUUGGGCCUCGCUCACACUCGCUGGGCGACACACGGAGAGCCGAGCGCUCUCAAUAGCCACCCUCAUCGCUCUGACAGCGAUAAUGAGUUUGUCGUCAUCCACAACGGCAUCAUCACCAACUACAAGGAGCUGAAGGCCUAUCUGAUCACCAAGGGAUAUGAGUUUGAAUCUGAAACAGACACAGAGGUGAUCCCAAAGUUGAUCAAAUAUGUUUACGACAACCGGGAAGAUGACAGCAUCAGCUUCUCCACGUUGGUGGAGAGGGUCAUUCAGCAGCUGGAAGGAGCCUUUGCUCUGGUGUUCAAAAGUCGCCAUUUCCCAGGAGAGGCCGUGGUUGCCAGAAGAGGAAGUCCGUUGCUCAUUGGCGUACGAAGCGAACACGAGCUGUCAACUGAACACAUCCCUGUCCAAUACAAGGGCGCUCUCUUAAAGGAGGACAUUUUGGAAAAGAACAACCACAACCGCCCUGGUGGCACUGUUAACUCUGUAGGGGAUGGCAGGCCGGUGGAGUAUUUCUUUGCCUCUGACGCCAGUGCCAUUAUUGAACACACCAACAAGGUGUUAUACCUGGAGGAUGAUGACAUUGCCGUGGUGAGAGGAGGGAAACUUUCCAUCCACAGGAUGAACCGGCAGGCCGGUGAAGAUCCUGUGCGGGCCAUCCAAACUCUAAAAAUUGAGCUGCAACAGAUCAUGAAAGGAAACUUUGAUUCGUUCAUGCAGAAAGAGAUCUUUGAGCAGCCAGAGUCGGUGGUUAACACAAUGAGAGGUCGCAUUUGUUUUGACUCCAAUACUGUGGUUCUUGGAGGACUGAAGGACCACCUAAAAGAAAUCAAACGCUGCAGACGGCUAAUCGUGAUUGGCUGUGGCACGAGUUUCCAUGCUGCAGUCGCUACCAGACAAAUACUGGAGGAACUAACAGAGCUGCCUGUCAUGGUGGAGUUGGCGAGUGACUUCCUGGACCGCAACACGCCUGUUUUCAGAGACGAUGUCAGCUUCUUCAUCAGCCAGUCAGGAGAGACAGCAGACACCUUAAUGGCUUUGCGUUACUGUAAGGACAGAGGUGCCUUAACAGUGGGCAUAACCAACACUGUGGGAAGCUCAAUUUGCAGAGAAACGGUCUGUGGUGUCCACAUUAAUGCUGGGCCUGAGAUUGGAGUCGCUAGCACCAAGGCAUAUACCAGUCAAUUUGUGGCACUCACCAUGUUUGGGCUUAUGAUGAGUGAGGACAGGCUGUCCCUACAGAAGAGAAGACUGGAGAUCAUCAGCAGUCUCAGGGAUCUACCUGAUCUGAUAAAAAAGGUGUUGUCUCUGGAUGAGAAGAUCAAGAUCAUUGCUGAAGAGCUAUACCAGCAGAGGUCUCUUUUGGUCAUGGGCCGUGGUUUCAAUUAUGCCACAUGCCUGGAGGGGGCACUGAAAAUAAAAGAAAUCACCUACAUGCACUCAGAGGGCAUCCUGGCAGGCGAGCUGAAGCACGGGCCUCUGGCCCUCAUUGACAAACAUAUGCCAGUCAUCAUGAUCAUCAUGAAGGAUGCCUGCUACACCAAGUGUCAAAACGCCCUACAACAAGUCACUGCUAGAUCGGGCAGGCCAAUCAUCCUGUGUUGCCAGGAUGACACUGAGGUGACCACGAAUGCUUAUCGGACCAUCGAGCUGCCACGUACUGUUGACUGUCUGCAGGGCAUCCUCAGUGUCAUCCCACUGCAGCUACUGUCCUUCCACUUGGCCGUGCUGCGAGGAUAUGAUGUUGACUGUCCCAGAAACCUAGCCAAGUCUGUGACAGUGGAAUGAACGCACGUCACAAAGCACAGGAGAGCAGAAAGAAUGCUGAUAGCUUUGCAGCCCAAAUGUGCAAUUCAACUUUCCGAAUAAUUGUUUUUAUGGCUUUGUGUGCGUGUGUGUGUGUGUGUGUGUCUGCAUCUACAUGGAAAGUGUGUGUGCAUUCGAGAUGUGCGAACGAAACAAAUGGAAAGGACAAGGUACGAGGAACUUUGAAAAACAUCUUUUGUUUGUUUUUGUUUUUUCAUUAAAACAAAUGUGAAGUUUGACCAAUACACUGAUGAGGGAGCACCAGUCUAGUGCCAUUGAGGCUGCAGGCCUUGCAUGGAUCGCAACAUACUGUGCCUUUUCACUCGAUGAGCCAAAAAUACUUUUAACGGGCUUAAUAUAAUAAGAUAUUUGAAUGCCGUAUAGAUUAAAUUACAGUUGUGCAAUAUGGGGACUAAAUGUGCAUUAUGAAUGUACACAGUUGUGACUGAGCUGAUUUUUCUGGUUUUAAUACUGACACUUGCUUAUCCGGCAUCCAAUGAAAUUGAAGAGGUACAGAACUUAAUUCCAAAGAGUUCUGCAGGUAUGGAAGUCUGAUGCAUACCUUCUGUAUGUUGUAAUGUACAUAGUCGGUCCGUGUCUCUUUUGGUCAUUGAAUAACGUUUGGAGAAAAUUAAUUAAAAAUAGAAAAACCAUUUGAUUUUCGUUUUUGCAGGAACUCCCAAAAGGAAAUUCCUGUAAAGUACUUAUCACAUUCUGACUUGAUUUUACAUUUGUGUCAUAUUCUGCUUCAUGUUUAUUGUUGUUGUAGUUUAAUUUAAAAUGAAGAUUUUGUUGCAUCUGUUUACACAAACAGGAUCAUUUGCAAAGAUUAGUUUCAUGCUACGAUCGGAGCAUGUUAGAAUUCUAAUUGCAUCACUUUCAAUUUAUUCUGCUAAAUGCACAAUUGUCAUGACACACGUAUGCAGUCAUCAUUCAUUCCAAGCCAUUGAAUAACUAUAUGCCAUUACUUUUACCAGUGUUUAUUUUUCAGCUUUUGGGCUAUUUGUAUGGCCUUAUAACAAAUGAAGAUAUUCUGUAUUUAUCUGACUGAUAUUUUCUAAACAUAAAAAGGGUUUCAUUUAUAUUUGUAACAGAUGUUUCCUUGUUUUUUCUUUUCUUUUCUUUUCUUUUCUUUUCUUACCUUGUGUUUUAAAGGUCCCGUAUUUUACCAAACCAACUUUUUCUAGUACAGUUAUUUGGGAUGUUAUAUUGGCUAUAUAGUGCCUGUGAAAUAUGAAUUCAAAUUGUCCACCCAUUCCUGAGAUCCAGACGUUUUUCUGCCGAGAGGCCUGAAAUCAGGUUAUUUGAAUUUCUCAAGCUUAUCUGUGUAACUAGCGAAGAUGGCAACCAAUCAGAGGAAAGCCAAAUAUGGACAAAGCUGAUACAAAACUGGGUCAAACAGAAAUAGGUGUCAGAGGGGCCUUUUAUGGACACCCGUAUGACAAAACCAAGGUUUUUUUUUUUUUUUAUAUAAUGAAAUUGACACUUUAUACUAAGUUUCUGUUAAGAGAGUCACUCCAUGGAGGUCGAACUAGCCAAAAUAUGGGACCUUUAACAGAUAUAACCGUACCUAGGUAACGCAUUGUACCUAAAAUGUGCAAUUCAUUUGCUCAUUCCUGUAAAUAAAUGUGCAUUAAAUUUUUAUCCCAUCUA